AUGUCUGCAAAAGGAGCUAGAAAAGCGUUGUUGCGAUUCAGAGUGGCGUACUGGACCCAGUGGGGUCAGAGCGUCGUGAUUACAGGCAACUGGGAUGGAGCCUCUAAGAGGGGGCAGCCCCUGACCUGUCGCCACGAGGAUGAAUCCCUGGUAUGGGAAGCACAGGUCCUUGUGCCUGUCAAGAGCGAUCAUGUGGUCUACAAGUACGUCGUCACGAACGAAUCGGGCGAAGUCGAGGUAGAGGAGGCUGGCAUGCGCAAGGUGGCGAUACCAAAGGACUUGCAGGAUGGAGGUGCCAUUGACCUGCAGGACGAGUGGCAGGACACCUCCCAUCCGUCCUUUCUCUUAUCCAGGAGUGCCUUCAAGGGCACCAUCCUUGCCACAAAGACAGGACGCAGUGACGUCCAGGUGGAAAGGUUACAGCCAGCUGAAGGGGAGGUGAUCGUCCGAUUUCGUUUAUGGGACUGGGGAGUCCAGGAUGGAGACUGUUUUGUCGUCAGCGGCAGCUUGCCACAGCUGGGAAAUUGGCAGCAGGACCAGCCUUUGCUUCUUUCUGAAGUCCAGGAGCCAUUCUGGGAAGUAGAGAACAGGAUAGUGUCUUUGGAGGCGGAUGAGACGGGCAGCAGUGAACCCGCAAUGAUUGUGCGCGACGAUGGCACGUUCCGGCACGAGAAGCUGUGGAGGGGUGCAGCAGUGGCCCUGCCUGUCUUCAGCCUGCGCACCAGAGACAGUGUGGGGGCGGGCGAAUUUGAGGACAUCAAGAAGCUUGUGGACUGUUUUUCUUAUGCAGGGCUGCGCAUGAUACAGCUGCUCCCAGUGAAUGACACGUCAGUGUACAACAUGUGGUGGGACUCGUAUCCAUACAGUUCAGUCUCGGUGUUUGCUUUGCACCCUCUGUACCUGUCGCUUACCGCACUCGCGCCGAAGGACAUGCCAGAAAAGCUGGCUCAACGCAUCACUGAAGCACGCGUCGAGCUUGACCAGCGCGAGGUGGAGUAUGAACAGACCCUCGCCACAAAGUUGGCCAUAGCCCGGGAGCUGUUUGAUCGCCGUGGGCCUGCCGAGCUUCAGAGUCCAGAAUUCGAGAAGUACUUUGAGACCAACGAGAGAUGGCUGCGACCUUACGCUGUGUUCAAGUUCUUGCAAGAUCUCUUUGGUACAGCAGAACAUUGGCACUGGGGUAGCCUGAGCCGGCCCACACAACGGAUGUUACACCGGCUGAGUGGCCCGGACCAGGCGCACUACAGCAGCAUCCAGUUCACCUACUGGUUGCAGUGGCACCUGCACCGGCAGCUGCGUUCAGCCUCACUGUACGCUCAGCAGCACCGCAUAGCCCUCAAGGGUGAUCUCCCCAUAGGAGUGGACAAGAGGAGCGUGGACACCUGGAUGCACCCAAACAUCUUCCACAUGCAGUUCUCCACAGGCGCGCCGCCAGACUACUUUGAUGCCAACGGUCAGAAUUGGGGCUUCCCCACCUACAACUGGGAGGAGAUGGCCAAGGACGGCUAUGAGUGGUGGCGCAGGCGACUGACCACCCUCUCACAGUACUUCCAUGCGUACCGCAUAGACCACAUCCUGGGCUUCUUCCGCAUCUGGGAGAUCCCUGGUGACUGCACGCUGGGCCUGUUUGGCCAUUUCAGACCCUCGCACCCCAUCACGCGCCAGGAGCUCGAGGCGCAUGGCAUCUGGGACUUCGACAGGUUAUGUGAUCCUUACAUCACCACCACCAUCCUGGAGGACACCUUUGGGGAGCUGGCGCACGAAGUGGCUUCCAAGUACCUGGUGGAGUAUGAGAAGGGCAGGUACCGCCUGCGCGAGGAAUACUUCAGCGAGGCGGACAUUGAGGCGCUGCAGCCGCGGCCGGGGUCGCCGGCGUGGCUGGUGAGCGAGGUUGAUGCCAUCCGGCAGGGCCUGCUGGACCUGCGCCACAAUGUGGUCCUGCUGCGCAGCCCAGACUCGCCCAAUGACUUCACCCCACGCUUCAACUUGGCGAGCACUACCAGCUUUGCGUCCCUGGAUCCUCACUGGAAGGCACAUCUUGUGCGCCUGCACGACGACUACUUGGAGACCCGCCAGCUGGAUUUGUGGUGGGACCAUGCGCACAUGUCACUCCCGGUGCUGAUGCGGGCGACAGACAUGCUGGUGUGUGGCGAGGACCUGGGCUUCCUGGCUCCCUGCGUGCACCCCCUCAUGAAGAAGCUCGGCCUCGUUGGCCUUCGGAUUCAGCGCAUGCCAUCUGAGCCAGACGCAGAGUUUGGCGAUCCGGCAAACUAUCCCUACAUGUGCGUGGCAUCCCCAUCCUGCCAUGACACCUCAACCACGCGGGCGUGGUAUGAGGAGGAUCCUUCACGGCGCCAGCGCUUCACCGAAUUCCUUGGUCUGCCUGGACCUGCACCUGAGCACUGCACGCCUGAGGUCAUGCAUGCAGUGGUCAAGCAGCAUGUGGAGUCCCCCGCCAUGUGGGCCAUAUUCCCUAUCCAGGAUCUGCUGGCCUUGUCGGACGAGUAUGCAGCGCGGCCUGCAGGAGAGGAGACCAUAAACAACCCCACAGUGCGCAAGCACUACUGGCGCUACAGGUGCCAUGUGGAGCUGGAGAGUCUGCUGGAGGACAGACCUUUCCUAGCCACGCUGCAGCAGCUACUCCUCGGCUCUGGGCGCGUUUCCGAGACGGACGUGCCUGCGAAGCUUGCACCUCGCGCCAUGCUGCAGCAGAAUGGUGCCGCACCAGAUUCUGACAAGCACUAGCCAUCAGGACGGUUAGAGAAUAUGUCUGAGCAGGCCUGUACCGCACUCGACCCUUGCAGACAUAAAAUAUAUGCAAGUAGCAACCGUAAACUUCAGGUUCUCGUCAACUCUUGCUCUUUCAAUGCAUGCUAAGGGUGUCACGCACGGAUGUCUAUUCAAUGAGAGUUUGAUCUGCUGAUGGCAGCUGACUAUAGCCUGCUAUGACUCGUUGAAUUUCUCGUUACAUGUUCAUCUCUCUGUUGUAAGAAAGCAUUCAGCAUC